UGCUCGAGCAUACAAUGAGCUCACUGGGAGAGAAUUCAAAGAUGCUUCUUUGAGAUGAUAAAGUUGUCAAGCUCACCGGGAGGAGGUAAAAGCGGAGAAGUCAAUUAGGCCUAGCUCAAAUUAUUCUGCCGCCCCGCAUAGCAACAUAGCAUGCUCGAGGCAUAGUAGUAAAGGUUUCAAUUCUCAGAAGUCUAACUGCUAAAUCUAUUCAUCAAUUUAUCAUGGGACUUUUCAGCCCUUCGCAAGCUUCUCUGCCCCCUCCAAAGAUUGGCGCAGAUGGUGCGCCCAUAGCCCCGGACCGAAGUCAAAGAUCACAAUGCUGGGAAGCAAGAGAUGCAUACUUCAAGUGUCUGGAUAAAAAUGAAAUCAUCGAUAGCCUCACGGAGAACACCAAAGCCGAAAAGUCGUGCGGAACAGAGGCGAGAGUAUUCGAACAAAACUGUGCUACUAGUUGGGUUCAAUACUUCAAGAAACGAAGAGUGAUGGAAUACCAGCGCGAACAAACAUUGCAAAAAUUGAAGGCUGAAGGGGCACAACAAAUGCCAGGAGUUAUAGGGGCGGGAGCACCUGGUCAGAAACCAUGAAGGAUUUUGGUGGAACGAAAUGUACAACAGUUUAUGGGAAGGAAUAAUCCGACGGUCUACGGCGUUGUGUAGGAAGCUUACACGAAGUUCCCCAUGACCAAACACAAUUACAGUCAUGAAAAAGGGACAUUCCUCAAGAGCCCAAAAUAUAUUUCUUCAAGUCUGGGUUGCAAUCAAUUGCUCACAUUCACAGACGGAAUCUCCAUCGUUGAAUGACAUAUUUAAGAAAAUGGAGUGCCCUUCUAGCACUGGAAGAUAUUUAUCCAAGGUUCAAGAAAAAGAGUCACUGUAAUUUAUAAAGCAUAAGUCAAACAUAGGUUCAAAAAAAGGUCGAGUCUCCUGGUCAUA